AUUUAACCUCAUGGGACAAUUAAAAGGUAAGAUGAGUAGCUUUCAAAGACAAAAUGAGAACUCAAACCUCCUUUCUUACCCAGUCACCAGACCUCUUCCUGCUACUUCUUUCUUCCUCCUUGCCCCAACAGCUCCCUCACAAACCAUCACAGCACUAGUUUUUUGGUCCAGCAACUUGUUUUCCCCUGCAACUUCUUUAUUCCUUUGUCAUUUUCUUUUUCAUUUCAGCAGCUCCAACCAAAAGUUGAAUCUUGUAUAAUAUAUUAGGCUACAUUUUCUUCUAGCACAGCACAAUGUUUGCUCCUUCAUUUUAUAUCUUUCUACCAUAGAUCUAUGCUAUGUAAAGUUGGUUGUGAGUUUAAAAACUGUUUUGGAAUCAAGUCUGACCUCUUCUUCUUUUUUCCUGAUUUUCAGUCGCUCACAACUAUCUUAGAUUUUUCUGCAAAAUGGCAUGUGUUGAGAACAGCCAAAACAUUGAACCGGAAGAUGACGAGGUUAGCGAUUCGAAGAUAUUAGCCGCUGAUCCGUUACUUGGCGAUUCCCAAGAAUACACUAUUACAGCGGUAGGGUUGGAGCGAUCUCCGCCGCCUUCAACCGCUAUGGUGCCGUUGUUGAAGGAAGAACCAGAGGACAACGAUUUGCGGGUCUCUGCGUCAGUUGGGCUGAAUAUGCAAUUGCACAAGGUGGAGAAACAACCGGUGAAAAGAUCCUCGAAGGACAGGCACACAAAAGUAGAAGGCCGUGGUCGGAGAAUUCGAAUGCCGGCGGCUUGUGCGGCUAGAAUCUUCCAAUUAACGCGAGAACUGGGCCAUAAAUCGGAAGGUGAGACUAUAAGGUGGCUUCUAGAACGCGCCGAGCCAGCGAUAAUAGCCGCCACCGGAACGGGUACGGUUCCGGCCAUCGCUGUAUCAGUUAAUGGAACGCUGAAAAUACCAACGACUUCACCGGCGACAAAUAACGAGGGAGAAAGUUCGAAGAAGAGAAGGAAAAGGGCUUCAAAUAGCGAGUUUUAUGAGGUGCAUGAGGCAUCGAAUUUUGCACCCGUUGCUCCAAUUGCCCCACAAGGUCUUGUUCCUGUUUGGCCAGUGGGCUCUGGGAAUGGACUUGUACCCACCACUGCAUUUACCGGUGGGACAGCUUUCUAUAUGCUGCCGCCAGGGACUAAUACAACAGUUGCUACUACUGGGGCUCAGUUGUGGGCCACUCCAAUAUUUAAUGUACCUGGAAGGCCCAUCCCAAGUUUUGUAUCUGCAAUGCAGCCUAUUAUGGGUCAUGCAGCUGGGAUCUCUGCCGCUGCUGCUAGUGAGGUUCAAAUGAGCAGCUCUUGUGUGCCAAAAAGUGAUGGGAAUGGAGAUAAGUUAGGUAAUGUUGUUUCAGCCAUGGCUCCUAGUUCGAGUUCCACAAGUACUACACAGUUGCUUAGGGAUUUUUCAUUAGAGAUUUAUGACAAGAAGGAGCUUCAGUUUAUGGUUGGUUCUGGUUCUGGUGAAAAUGAUCAAACUUCCUCCUCCAAAUCCUGAUUAGGGUUCUAGACUCAUAAAACUUUUUUUAAAAAAAUCUAUUUCAUGUCUUCUAGAUAAACAUCUAGUUGUAGUUUCUCAAAAGAAAUUUUUUGAUGUUCUUAAUUAGGCACUAAUAUUUGCCUAAUUCAUAGCUACUGUGUCUUAGCUUUAACAUUUUGCUUAGCAAAUGGUAUUAGAAUAUGAUUCCUCCUCAAGAAACGGAGGUUGCUUUGCUGUGAUGACAUGGGUUGAUCAAUUUUAAAUGUCAACUUGGUGUUUUGUUAGUUUUGGGCCACAUAAUUUUAUGCUUUUUAGUG